AUGGGUAACAAACCAAGUGCUUUAGAUCAGUUUCAACAAAAAGUAAGUCAUUCUUUAAGACAAAGGCAGGUUUAUAUUACAAUAAAGGUAAGGUUAUGGGUAGGGUAAAAAAACAACAUAGAAUUUAAGAGACGGUAAGACAAAAGAAGGUAAGAUAAGAUAAAGUAAAGUAUGACAAAAUAGGUAGGGAAGGGUAGAGUAUGACAAAGUAGAACAAGGGAGGGCAGGGUAGAGUACGGUAGAUCAAGACGAGAUGGAGUAGGGCCCGCAAAGAGGAAUAGACUAAGGUACGGUAGUUGAGGGUGGAUUAAAUCAUAAAAGACAAGUUAAGAUAGGGCAGGUUACAUUACGGUACGGAAACGCAAAGUACUGUACAAAGUAUAAUAAUGUAGGGAAGAGUAGAGUAGGGUAGAGUAGGGUAGGGUAGAGUAGGGUAGGGUAGGGUAGGGUAGGGUAGGGUAGGGUAGGGUAGGGUAGAGCAGGGCAGGUAGGGUCAGGUAGAGUAGGGUAGGGUCAGGUAGAGUAAGGUAAGGAAUAGAUAACCGAUAGACUUACUGUAUCUCACAAAACCCACUUUUAGCAACUAAAGCUCCACAACGAGUACCGUAAGAAGCACGACGUGAACCCCCUAAAGCUAUCCAAGGAUUUAUGUAAAGAUGCUGAACUUUUUGCUCAAAAACUAGCGACCGAAGGCCUGUUACGACACGACCCAAAUUGUAAAUUGGGUGAGAACGUUUACUUCAGUAGCCACAGUCCAGACGGUGCUACUGAGUCAUGGUACAAAGAGAGCGAACAAAUCAAAUCGUAUGCGGAAAUCGAAGAUAUCUCUGACAAAAUCUCGCAUUUCUCACAGGUAAGGACACUUAAGCAGGGUUUAGCAGAGAUAUUUUAACAAUGGUGGUAAAAUUUAGAGAACGGCAGAUUUUAAAGUGAAAAAAUCCACCCCUAAACAAAAAAAAAUACCCCGCCCAAAAAAUCCACCCCGAACCAAAAAAAAACCCUGCCUAAAAAAAUACACCCCCAAAUAAAAAAAAUUACCCCGCCCAAAAAAAACCCACACCUUUCUAAAUCCAUGCUAAUCGUUCUAAGACUACAGUAUUACUUUGUCAAGCUAGAGUAUUACUAAAACAGGGUAGGGUAAAAACUCAAAAUAAUUUUAAAAAAUCAAAAUUUCAGAUCGUUUGGAGCGACUGUCACGCUGUGGGUAUAGCCAUGGCCAAGGGUGCGAAUGGGUUUUACGUGGUUUGUCGUUACAUGCCGAAUGGGAAUCGAGUUGGUCAUUACUCGGACAACGUUUUUCCGCCCAAAAACUGA